CAACGCAGAGAAAGAGGAAAGAAUAACUGUUCUGGGAGCUACAAGCGGCGACACUGGAAGUGCCGCUAUCCACGGGUUAAGAGGCAAAAAAAAUAUUUCAGUAUUUAUACUACAUCCAUAUGAGAGAGUAUCACCCGUUCAAGAGGCACAAAUGACAACAGUACUAGAUAGGAACGUCCAUAAUCUGGCAGUAAAAGCAACAUUUGACGAUUGUCAGGACACUGUAAAAGAACUCUUUGGAGACACAGAAUUCAAUAACAAAUACCAUCUGGGCGCAGUGAACUCUAUAAAUUGGGCUCGUAUUCUCGCCCAAAUCACCUAUUAUUUUUACUCCUACUUUCAACUUCUCCGCAUCCUCAAUUUAUCCCCUGAAGCACAGAUCAAAGUCCAAUACUGCGUACCAACUGGGAAUUUCGGUGACAUUCUUGCCGGGUACUAUGCAAAACGCAUGGGCCUGCCAAUCUCUUCGUUGUUAUUAGCUACCAACUCUAAUGAUAUUUUGCACCGAUUUUUCUCAACCGGUCAAUACGAGAAAAUAGCCAUCGGCAGUGACGCGAACGCAAACACAUAUGUAUACGAGACUUUGAGUCCGGCUAUGGACAUUGUAAUAUCGAGUAACUUUGAGAGAUUGCUAUGGUAUUUGGCGUAUGAAAAGACAGGCAACGAAGAUGAAGCGAGCAUCACAGUGAAAAAUUGGAUGCAAGAUGUAAAGGACAACAAGG